AUGGCAGCGAAUAGGCAUCCGUACAAUACCCGUAUGACUUCCCAAUCUAAUUCCGGAAAGAUGCCAGUGUUUUCCGAAAAUCAUGAAAUGAUAUCUGUAGCUCGGAAAGAAGAAAGUCAGAACAUAAAGCGUCCCAAUCGGAAUAACACAAAGGGAAGCUUCUCAUCAGAGUCCUCCCGUGCAAAUUCGCGAAUGGACUCUCGUGUGAGCUCAAAUAACCGGUCUUCUGCAAGAAUCGCCAAGUCAAAGGGAAAACAGGUCGUGAAUUCAAAUAAAACGGUGGAACCUUUAAACUUUUCAACAAUAAGGACCACAUACCAAUAUAAAGAUGAAGUCAAGUCAAGUCGACUUUACAACCUGCCCGAAGGAAAAACAUUUUACCCUACUUGGACGGAAUUUCAGGAUCCCUAUAAAUAUAUUGCCAGCAUAACGGCAGAAGGUUCUAAAUACGGGAUUAUUAAAAUCAUACCACCUGAAGGAUGGAAACCAAAUUUUUCGCUGGACACUACCAGAUUCAGAUUUAAAACUCGCAAACAGAAGGUUAAUACUAUGGAGGGUGAAACAAGGGCAAAAUUAAAUUAUAUUGAACAACUCCAGCAGUUUCAUGCACAACAAGGACGCCCUUUUACUAGAUUGCCACAGUUGGACAAAGCACCUAUCGAUUUGCAUAAUUUGGCUAAAGCCGUUUCAGAUCGUGGUGGUCCUCAUGAGGUAUCGAAAAAUAAACAAUGGGCUGAGGUGGCUCGAGAAAUCAAAGAGGGUGGAUAUUCACAAACUUGUACAUCAGCCUCUAAAACUAUCAAGGAGCGUUACCUCGAAUUUAUUGAUCCUUAUGAAAAAUACAUUUCUGAAGCAAAACAAGAGUGCAAAAAGAAAGGCAGAUUAGAUCUCAAGGUUGAUCUUUCUCAAUCUAAUGAUGUAUGCGCAAAGUGUGGUAAAUCAAUCAUAGACGUUUCCAAAGAUGAGAUUUUGAGUUGCAAUGGAGAUUGCGAGAAACGAUUUCACAGAGAGUGCCUUGGCAUUCGAAAAGAUCAUCUGAAUUCUGAAGCACAGUGGAAUUGUCCGAUGUGCCUUUUCUUAACUGGCACAGAUUAUGGUUUUGAGCCUGGGGAUGGUUUUACUUUGAGAGAUUUGCAGAAGACUGCUGACAGCUUUCAACAAGCUUACCUCAAAAAUCAUCCGGUUCCACCUGGAGUAUCCAUGGAGGAUCAUAUCGAAGCAGAAUUUUGGAGGCUUGCUCACGCAAUGGAUGACAACACAGAGGUUUAUUAUGGGGCGGAUAUAAAUUCAACUGACUAUGGAAGCGAACGAGAUCGUAAUGAUCCAUAUAGCAGAGAUCCUUGGAACCUUCGAAACCUGCCUAGGUUAGCUGGUUCGCUACUUCAUGACAUCACUCCUGCCAUACCAGGGAUGAUGCUACCUUGGGUUUACGUAGGGAUGGCUUUUUCUGCUUUUUGUUGGCAUGUUGAAGACCAUUAUACCUAUAGCAUCAAUUUUAUGCAUCUGGGCGAAACGAAAACUUGGUAUGGCAUCCCUUCAUCUAACGCUCACAAAUUCGAGACAGCCGCUAAGAAGCUUUUACCGGAGUUAUUUCAACAUCAACCGGAUCUGUUGACGCAGUUGACCACAAUAUUGAACCCGGAGAAGUUAAGGCAAGAAGGAGUAGAAGUUUGUGCAAUUGACCAGAGACCAAAUCAAUUUGUUAUCACUUUUCCUCAGGCGUACCAUGCCGGCUUUAAUCACGGGUUGAAUUGUAAUGAAGCUGUUAAUUUUGCACUACCAGAUUGGGUAAAGUUUGGAGGGGAAUCAAUUAAAUUUUACAAGGAAAUAAAACGGCAUCAAGUAUUUUCGCACGAAAAACUUUUGUGGGAUAUUGGAGUGAAGAACGCUCACGACUAUAAUGUGGUUAAAUGGCUCAAGGAACCCUUGUUUGAGAUAUGCUUAAAGGAACUAAAGCUUCGAGCGGAUGUAAUUCAGAAUCUAGGUUUGCCGGAGCCUGUUCAUGUUUUCACCGAUCAGGAUGCGGAAAUGGUGUGUGACUAUUGUAAUGGAUUCAGUUACUUGUCCGCACUAAAAUUCAAGUGCACCAAACAAAUUCUGUGUCUAGAGCAUGCAAGCUACUCACCGGAAAUAUGUAAAUGUGGUGAAGAAAAAAAUUGUCACUUUCUCCAAAUGCGUAUCAGAAAUCACCACUUGAAAAGCCUGAUGGAUGACUUUAAUGAGACUUACGAGGUAGCAUCAAAGAUGAUAGAAUACUUUCAGAAUGAUCUUGAAAAGGCGACUCGAUUGUCAGCCGAAAAGUUGGAAAUAAUACACGACUGUGUCACAAAGAGUGGCUACGAUUUUGAACUGGCAGAUUCACAACAGUUUAUUGAUAAAUCCUUGAGUUGGUUUCGAAGACUCAAGAAGGUCUGCUAUAAAAUUGCGAUGGCUCUUUGGCCAACUAUUUAUUGCGAAAUUCCAUUGGGCAAAUUCGACAUUUCGGAUUUCUUUGUUAAGUGGGAAAGACGAGUAAAGAGUUUUCAAACAUCAUCGGACAUUCCACCAUCUAAUCAGAAACAUUAUUGUUUUUGUCGUCGACCUGACAAUUUUAAGACUAUGAUAGAAUGCGAUGUGUGUCACGAGUGGUACCAUUGCGAAUGUAUAGGCAUAGAUGAGGAGGAGGCGAGUUCGUUAGACGUCUGGACGUGUGCAAUGUGCAACUAUGGCAAAGAUCGAGUUCUCAAGAAGAUACGAAGGACUGUCAAGAAGCUUGAUCAACUUGUACAGGCAACGUCCGAUUUCGAAUACAUAUUACACAAAUCAGAUCAUCUUGUGGGGAUAGUUCAAAUCAUCAAAUCGGUUGUUGGCACGGACGAAUUUCGCAUUCGCCGCGCUACCGGUCUUGGCUUAGCCAUUUCAUUCCAUGAUGGAGCCACUAGGAAAGGACGACAAGGCGGUAGUUGA